AGCCGUUCGGGCCCAAGUGGCGGGAGGCCUCCCCACCUCUCGUGCGCAGCAGGGCCGGGCCGGCGCCGACCCCAAAAAGCGCCCGACCUCGCCAUGGCCAUGCGAUCGUCCACCACGGACGCGGGAGCCAAGCAGAAGGUUCUAGUCGUAGGCCCCUGCGAGGCUGGGAAGACCCUCGUCGCCAACGUCCUGGCCGAGGCCGUGGAGACGGCCUCUGAGAUCUACCGCCCGACCGUGGGAGUGCGCAUCAUGGAGUUCGAGACCGAGAUCCGGAGCUCCCAGCGCGUGACCGUCGAGCUGUGGGACGCGUCGGGCGACCCGAAGUUCUCCAAGUGCUGGCCCGCGAUCAAGAAGGACGCGGCCGGCGUCGUCCUCGUCUACAACCCCGAGAAGCCGAACAGCGACCAGGAGCUGGAGCAGUGGUUCGGGUGGUUUCCCCGGCAGAUGGGCUUCGCCCCGAGCCAGGUGUUAGUCGUGCAGUCGCUGCGCCGGACCGACGCCAAGCGUGCCCCGCUGCCCGCGAAGCUCGCGCAGGCGGGCGUCAGCCCGGCGGCGGCGGUGACCCCGGACGACAUGGCGGGCGUACGGAAGAACUUCUGCGCGUUCGUUGAGACGGUGCGGCAGACCGUGCUCGACAGGCAGCGCCAGGAGGAGGAGGACGUGAUGAAGGGCGGUUGAGGGCAUGCCUUCUCUCUCUCUCUCUCUCUUUCUCUCUCUUCUUCUCCUCCUGCCUCCUCUGCCUCGUCCUGGCCCCUCCGUCUUCUGCCCACGCUCUCCCGCCCGCGGGCUGGAGCGAGCGGUGCCCGCUCGCCACCCCGCCGGGCUCCUGCUGCUGCCGCACUGUGGCCCCGCCCCUCCCUUCUCGGCACCUGCCUGUGAGGAGGUCGCGCGCUCCAGCCUCGACUCGAGGGGGCUACCCAAUGCUGGAGCGCACACCUCACAUGCGCCUCCGCUCCCCUUGAUUAGCCCGCGCCUUGCGAAUUAACCUUCGAGCGAUCCUGAUGGCCUGGCCGACGAGAAAAG